AUGCUGGACACCGCCGGGCUCCGCUCACCACUGAAGGCUGCGCUGGAGCAGUUCCUUCUACGCCACCUGGCCCCGUACGUCGACGGCAUCUCCCUGGAGAAGCUGCGCCUGGGCGUGUUCGCGGGGUCCCUGGAGCUGAAAGACCUUCAGGUGAGGCCGGACGCGCUGGCGCUUCUCGGCCUCGAGGGCGUCCGUGUUCGCAGUGGCAGCAUCCGAUUGAUCAGACUGUCCGUGCCAUGGAGCAAGCUUGCCACGGGUAAGCUGCGCGCCCGGGUGGAGUCGGUGCACCUGGAGGUGGAGCAGAUCGAGGCCGAGGCCAGCAGGCCGCGCUCGGAGGUCGUCGCCGAGGUGCGAGAGGCCAAGCGCAAGGCCAUCGACCUGCGCGAGGCCCAGCUGCGCGAGCUGCUGCAGGAGAAGCGGGACCGCGCGGAGGCGGCCGAGGGCGGCGGGCAAGGCGCAAGCUACGUCGUCAAGCUUGCCAGGAAGAUCUUCAACAACAUCUGCGUCGACCUCUCGGACCUCACGGUGGUCUGGGCGAGCCAGUCCAACGGCCUCGCCUGCGGUGCGGAGCUGCCCACGCUGUCCGUGCUGUCCACCGACCAGACCUUCCGCGAGGUGCCCGAGGGCCAGGAGGUCAGCGUGUCGGGCCUCUCGAUGUACAAACUGAUGCGCUUGCGUGGGCUUGGAGUGCGUGUUUCCACGGCCAGCAGCUGCUCCCUCGCUGGGUCGGACUACAUGCUGAGCCCUGUCAGCGCCGACCUGAAGUUUGCGCACGUGCCCAGUGACCAGAUACUGCGCAUGCGGCUGGAGGUCGCCAUGGAAGAGAUCGCGGAGGUGACCUUGCUGCGGUCGCAGGUCAAGCACCUGCAGGCGGUGCACGCGGCCGUGUGGGAGGAGGCGGCGCGCCUGCGCGCCCUGCUGGUGCCAGCGGAGGAGGAGAGGAGCAUCUUCUCCGACGUCAGCGCCUCGACUGCAGAGUAUGGCCGCCUGUAUGAGCGGUGCCUGCUCUUCCAGCGGCGCCUCGCCGGCGGGGAGGCGCGCCCGCUGAGCCCUGCCGAGUUGGAACGCCUGCAGCUGCUCGAGGAUGCGCUGUCGGCCCGCCUCCUCGCGCGACAGCGCUGGCUGGUGCACGGCAGGCUGGAGGCCCUCCACGAGGCCUCGCGGCGCCAGCAGAGGGCCUGCGGCCCGGCGGCCGCCCCGGAGGCAGGUCUACUGCAGCUCGUGUCCGGCUACCUGGGCGCGCCGCCGCCCUCGCGCCCGCCCGUGGAGCCUGGCAGGGCCGUGCUGCUGUCGCCAGAGGCUCGGCAGCAGUUGCUCGCGGACCUCGAGGAGGACGCCUCCAUGGUGGAGGCCGUGGACCUGCCCCAGCGGAUGAAGUUCGAAUUCAUCCUCGGGAAGAUGGCCGUGGAGCUCAUCGACGACCGCUGGCCCGAGGAGGUCCGCCGGCAGCUGCUGAGCCUCACGCUGCAGGAGGCCCACUGGAACGUGGACGCGGACGUGGCCACGGACAGCCUGGGCCAGGACUCCGUGGCGUGGCGCGUGGAGUGCUGCCUGAGCUACUUUCGCGCCCUCCACAGCUCGAAGAGGAAACAGACGAUGCUCCGCUUCUGCCCCGGCGCUUUGCCCGCCUGCGGCGCCGCGCAGGAGGCCGCCGCGUCCACCCGGCUGGUGCUCGAGAGCAGGCCCGAGGCGGGGGCGAGCCUGCUGCGGCUGCUGUUCCGCUUCGAGCCCCUGGAGGUGCACCUGCUGCCUGGUGCCCUGGAGCAGCUGCUCGAGUUCGUUUGGCCGCCGGAGGCACCGUCGGGCCUCUGCCUGGCCGCUCCCCCGCCGGGAGUGUGCUUCGAGGACGUGGUGGACAUGUCCAAGGAGCUUGUGGUGGCGCACGCCAGCACUGCCAAGGAGGUGGCAAAGAGAGUGUGCGAGCAGAUUCCAGGCAGGAUCCACCUCGACGUCAAGGUCGCCUCCCCGAUUGUGCACGUUCCAGUGUCUGGCCUCGGAACGGCAGUGUUCAGCCUAGGAGAGAUGCGAUUGGUCAUGCCCGAGCCAUGUGACUACUACGACCUCGUCUUUGGCAUAGAUCUCGACCACACCAGGCUGCAGUCUACGACGACCCACGGCGAGAGCUUCAACAUGCUCCAGCCGGUGCACCUCCACCUAGACUUCCAGUGCCGUGCGCUCGAGGACGAGACUUGCCUCGACGUCCAGGUGAGGGUGGACGAGGUGAAGCUUUCGCUUGCGCCCCAGGCGCUGCAGAUACUGCUGGCCGUGCCCAUGGCGGCCGCGGACAUCAUGCGCGAGGCCGAGCCCACGCCCAGGCCGCAGGGUGCUGCCCAACCGGCCACGGAGGGCGCGCCUGCCGACGGCGUGGCCGCGGGACUCUGGCCCACCGGCGAGGCGCUGAGGCAGCGGGCCUCCGAGCUGGCGCGCGAGGUGCUCGGCGAAGAUGCUGGCGCGGUCGAGGCAGCCGCCCGGCGGCUGGCAGAAGUGCGCGAGAAGCAGUUCCGUACCACCCUCGCUGUUCUGGUCGGCGACCUCGACGUGUCCCUGGCGGACAGCUCCUCGCCCGUGGCCUGGCUCCACCUCAGGCUGCUUCCUCCUGGUAUGCAGCUGGUCUGCCAGAUGUACCCCUACAUUGUGUCGCUCAGCCUCGACGGCGCGGUUCUCGAGGCGGAGAUGCUCAACCCGCGGGCCAGCGAGAGGGAGCCCGUCGUCGAGAGCUUCCCAUUCAGCCUCCAGAUGGCCCUCACACCGACGGGCACCGAGGACUCCGCGCUGCACGUCGUCGUCAUGGGGCUGGGGCCUCUGCUGCUCAACGUGAAGCCCAGCAUGGUUGACACGGCCUGCAGGAUCUUGCCGCUGUUCACCUCCAGCGUGCUGCAGGCCUCGCCGCUGCGGCCCUCGGGGGGUGGCGAGCCCCGGCCGGCCACGGCGGCCGGCGCCCCGGCGGCAGGCCCGCAGCCUGGCACCUACCGCGUGGCCAACCUCUGCGACUACCCCCUGGAGCUGGAGCUGCGCCCGCGGCACGGCGAGCGCCUGGUCGUGGAGGCCAGGCCCACGGGCUCGUCCUUCGAGUCCCUGGACGACCGCGUGCCCUCUGGCCCCGCCCCCGCCCUGCGCGUCCGCGUGCCCGGGUGCCCCUGGUCGGAGCCGCUCGCCUGGGAGCCGGGCGCGGCCGCGGCCGUCCCCGGCGGCGGAGCGGUCGCCGAGGUGCUCGCCGUGGGCCCCGCCUCCCGGCUCCUCCUGCUCGGCAUGUGCCUGCGGCUGCACAACCGGACGGACCUGGCGCUGGCCCUGCGCUUCCACGACGCGUCGCAGCGGGAGGUGCUGAUGGUGGACGUUCCCGGGAGCGCCGUGUGCGAUGCCGCCCUCCUCGGGUGGGCGCAGCCAGAGGGCGCGAGGGCGGAGCACGCGCUGGCGGGCGUCGGCGCGCCGGGCUCGCGUCGCCCGUCGCAGGACGGCUCCGUGGUCCUGCUGCCGAAUGCCGUGUGUGCAGUCCCUGCUGCCGCCCUGCAGCGGGGAGCGGCGAGAACGUGGCUGAGCGCCCGGCCUGUUGGGCGAGACCUAUGCUUUUGUGACGCGGUCCAGGUGGGCUCAGGCGUCGCCUGCUGUCUCGUGGACUGCCGCCCUGCGGGGGAGGCAGCUGGCGGCGCGAGCAGCGUGAGCAUCGUGUGCGAGUGCGGGCCCCAGGCUGCCCUGUCUGCCCUGGGGGACGCCCUGGUGGCGACGGUGAUGCUGCGCCCAGUGCUGUCUCUGAUGAACGCCCUGCCCGUGGACGACGUCAGCGUAGCGUACGCCGACGGGGCCGCGGCGCAGUCGGACGGACCUAGGUGGCGGGAGGUGAGGCUCCCGCGCCUCCGCCGCCUCGACCUCUACAGCCCCGCCGUGCUGCUGCACGACCGAGGCCUGCUCGUUCGGGUGCGGCUUGGGGACGGCGCGCCGUGGUCGGACACCGCCAGCCUCGCCAGCGGCGCUUUUGCCGAGGCACCGGCCUCUGCAGAGUGCUCCUCCAGCCACACGCUGCAGGCCCGCCAGCACGCCGACGGUGCCGCUGCCGCCGUGCUGGUGGAGGCCGUCCACGGCGACGCUCGAUGCCGUGGCCGCUGUGGGGUGCGCUUGUCGUGCCCGUGUUGGCUCGCCGACCGGUCUGGGCUGGGCGCCUCUCUCGGUCUCGCCCUGCGCCUGUGCCACAGGGGAGCCGACCUGCCUCGAUGCAGGGAAGGUGUCUCGCUGCUGCCGGGCGGCUGCCUCGAGGAAGGCCUCGGCCUCUCGUUGCGCUCCUCGUGUGGCGGCGAGGCACUGGCCGAGCGCGCUGGAGUGCAUGUGCCAGCCAGCUGGAGCUGCCUCUCGUGGAGCACGCCCUGCGGACCUUUCGUGUUCUGCCUGCAGACUGACGACUUGAGUGCAGAGGAUCUCUUUGGGGCGCAGUGCCAGGUCGUUACCUUGCGGCCCCGGCUCGUGCUCACGAACGCAGCGGAUUGCGACCUGGACGUGCACUUGAGCGGCGGGCAGGUGCUGCGGCUCGCGGCGGGGCAGUCCUGCGAGUCUCACUGGGGCGUCGAGCACGGCGACGAGGACUCCCCGGCGACGAGCCUGCGCUUCCGGCCCGCAGGCCGUGGCUCCUGGUCAGGCCAGGUCGCUUGUAGCGACGCGGCUGCGGGGUCUGCGCCACUGGCGCUGCCGUCAGAUGGUGCGGGCGCUGCGGGCUUCGAGGCCUGGACCGCCGACGUCGCGCCUGUGCGUGGCGCCCUGGCGGUGUCCUUCCGCAGGGGCUCUGACUUUGUCGCCGAGUGCCGUGCGCCUGGCGUGCACGCCUCCGUGCGGACGUUGGACGCGCGGGGAGUGACGACUGAGGCGCCACUGCCGCAAGGCUCGAGCGUGGAGCUUGGGUGGGCGCAGCCUUCGUCGGACUGCAACGGCCGGGCAGUCAUUCUGGUGAUCGGCGGGUCGACGCACCAUGUCGGCGACAUCCGCUGCUCUAUGCGGCGGGAUAUCCCCGAGCAUCGGCUGGCCAUUGUGGUCGCGCACAGGGGUGCGCGGACCGUCCUCUCGCUGCUCGACAGUGGUGACUCUGCCCUCUCCGAGUCGGGCUUCCAGAGCUCCUGGGUAUCCCGCCUCGAGCUCAGGCUCGGGCACUUGGGCGUGUCACUGAUCGCGGAGACGCCCCAGCCCCGCGAGCUGCUCUUCGUGCACCUGGGGCUGCUGCGCGCGGAACUCCGCCAGCUGGAGGAAGGGGUGCAGCAGCUGCGGCUGGCGGUGUCGGAGGCGCGAGUGGACUGCCAGCUCCCGGGGCGCGUGGACGCGAGCUCGACGGACUGGCGCAGAGACAACAGCCUGGGCCUCCUGCAGCGGGAGCAGCCGGCCACGGUGUUCGCCAACCGCGGCGAGGGAGGCCGGCCAUGCCUCAGCCUGCUGCUGCAGGUGGCGGGCUCCGCCGGCGAGCUGCUCCUGCCGUGCGCCGAGGUCGCCCUCGACGCCGCCGACCUGACCGUGGACGACGGGUGGGUCAGGCCGCUCGUCGACUUCUGGGGCCAGCUCACCUGCCGCGCCGCGGUGAGUCCCGGCACGUGUGUCCGCGAGGUGCUCGCGGCAGCAGGAAGGCCGAUCGCGGAGGGGUACACGCCGCCGCCGAUGCCCCUGGUCUUCCAGGUCGACGCCCUGAGCAUCUCGUCCGUGAGGCUCACGGUGUGGUGCCUGCUGAGGCUCCGGGGCGCCCGCUUCCUCCCCAGGCACCUGCGCACGGCCCUCCAGGUGCUGUCCCUCAGCGGCCAGUUUGCCCUGGACGGCGCCACGCUGGUGCUCCCCUCGCGCAGGCUGCCCGCCCACCGCGGGUCCUUCUCGGACUUCGCGCGUGGCCUGCUCAGCGAGUACACCGCGAACCUCCUGAGCGCCGCCGGCAUGUGCCUCGGCAAGAGCUCGCUGCUCAACCUGCCGCGAGUGCCGCUGAAGAUUUGGGGGACUGCGGUGUCGUACCUAUCUGACAGCGUUGGCCUGGCGGCCAGCGAGGCUUCCUCGCUCCUCGACCACUGCACCCUCGACCAGGGCUACGUCGCCCGGCAGCGGCGGCUGCGCGGCGAGAAGCAGAUCCACUCCAUCGGCUCCGGCGUGGCCGAGGCGGGCAAGUCGCUGGCGCAGGGCGUCGAGGGUCUCUUCGACGUCGUGAGGAAGCCGGUGGAGGGUGCGCAGAGGAACGGCAUCGGGGGGCUGCUGGCGGGCGUCGGGAGGGGCGUCGCCGGUAGCUUCGUGAAGCCAAUCUCCAAGGUGGGGCAGGCGAUCUCCGACGUGGGCUCUGGCGUCGCCGCGCAGGCGACGCCCGACACCCAGGCGGCGAGGAGGCGGAGGGAGCGCUCCCGGCAGCGCCCGCCGCGGCUGCUGUUCUCGAGCCAUGGGCUGAUCCGGCCGUGGUCGGCCCUGGAGGCGGCCGUCCUGCAGGCGUUCGGCCCCGCGCUGGCCGCCGGCAUCGAGGAGGUGAUCCCGCUCACGCAGCACGGCCCGGUGCGCACGGUGCUGCUGCUGUUCCCGCAGCGAUUGCUGGUGGCGGAGGUGGAGGUGCAGUCGGAGGCGCACGGAGCCGCGGCCCCCUGGACGGCGACGGAGCCUGGCGGCUCGGUGACCGAGGGUGCGAGCGCCGCAAGGAUCCAUGGCGGGAGCAGACCCAGCGGGAGCCAGCAGCGGACCUCGGGGAUGCAGGUCGCACACCCGAGGGGCCUCGCGCAGAUACCGGCGCUGCUGAACGAGAUGGACGAGGCGGCGCUGAAGCUCCUGUGGCAGGCUCUCAAGCCCAUCAACACGCUGGUGUACGGGGUGCAGGACCUCGAGAGGCACAUCAGCGGGCGGGCGCCAGAGGCCAGCCGGCCGCCAGGCUCUCAGCAUGCCGCCGCGCGCCGCCGACCGCGGGAGCUCCGCUUCGCCGACCUCGCCGCGGUCACGGCGGCGGCGCAGGGCGACGUCGUGAGCCUCGAGGACGUGCGCGGCAACGCGAUCGUGCUGCCACUGUUCGCCGCGCCGCUGGACGGCGCCUGCCGGGAGGGGGUCGCGGCCGGCCUGCGCGCCGCGCUGGCGCGGCCCGACAGGCGGGCCUGCUGGGGCGACCUGCGCAGCGCCCUGCGGGCGCAGAGGCGCGCCGCGGGGGCGCGCGCGGCCGCCAGCUGCGGGCUCGGCGCCGAGGCCACGGCGGCGCCGCCAGCGCCCGAGAGCGCGGGCGGAGGCGUGCUGGAGGUCUGGGAGGUCCAGCGGCGGGUGCCGCCCAGCGGGGAGUGGCGGUGCCCCUGGCUGGCGACGGACCACGAGCUGCGGUGGCGCUGGGUGGACGCUGCGGGGCGCCGGCACCCCCAGCUGCCCCCGGAGCUGCCCUGCCGGGAGGCCUCCGCCCUGUGCUCCCCGCCGUGCAGGCUCGACCCGCUGUUCCGCUGGACGUCCACGUGGGCCGUGCGCGAGGACCCCGGCGCUGGCACGGGCGGCUGGCGCUACGGGCUGCUCUGGAGCUCGGCCACCUGGGACGCGCAGCCCGGCCUCUUCAACGUGCUGAGGAGGAGGAAAUGGACUCGGACGUUUACGUGA